AAUCUAACUCCAUACAUGCAAAGAAAAGCAAAACUGAGCAAAUAUGCAGUUAUCUCAAUAAUAGUUGCACGUAUUUCUUAAACAGGGUCAUCAUGAUGAUGGAAAUGCAGAUCCCUUUGUGUAACACCUGUAUGAGACAGCAGCUUCUGUUUCACAGGUGCUCAUACAUUUGUAAUCUGACAAAGUUUUACAGAAGGUUAAGGUCAGUUUUAUCAUGGAUAUCUUACAUUUGUACAUAUACAUUUGUACAUAUACAUCUCUUACAUCUGUAAAAUAUUCACAAUGUGGAGAAAAGCAAAACUAAGUAAAAAUGUAGUUAUCUCAAUACUUAUAUUUCUUCAACAUGGUCAUCAUGGUGGUGGAAAUGGAAAUCCCUUUGUGUAACACCUGUAUGCAACAGGGCAGGUGUUAUCUUCAGCAGCUUCUGUUUCACAACUGCACAUUUGUAAUCUGUCAUUCAAGUUUUAUCAGGAGGUCAAGGUCAGUUUUAUAAAACCCUGACAUUACAGCUUAAACUUGAGUACAAAUAAUAUCUCUGUUUUACACAUACCUGCUUAAUAUAGCCUUUAUUUGACCAAAUGAUCACAUUUUAUGAAGGAAAUAUCUAUGAGACAGGAUGAAAGUAUAUUGUCUUGGACUGAAUACCAGACAUACCAUGUCUUCAACCUUCCUGUGUAAGGUUUAUCCAGCUAUGAUAAAUGAGUGACUGCCACAUUUAAUCAGAAAUAUGAUCGGAUGGCUUUCCAAUCAUUUGUGACAUUACUUCCCCAUUUAAGAUACAACAGAAGGAAGUCUCAUCUUUAGAUGACAUUAGACACUAAUGUCUUUUGUCCUCUCACAGGUUGUAAGCGAUACCCCACAUCCCAACAUUACAACAUUACUCUUACAUCUGUAACAUGCAGUAGGCACUUGUGACAAUGGAAUUAUUUAAAGAAAUGUGGAAAUUCAUUUAACUUCUCACUGCCCAUACAAACAAAACUUGCAGAAAAUAAUGGCCUAUUGUUGAUGAAAUGCAGUUUACAACUGAGUCACACUGGGUGUCAGAAAGACAUGACAUCACAUGAUGUUUUGACUCUUGACGCGAAUUCCGUUCCAUUCAGCCAUGGUUACUCUGUUUAUCUGACUAUGUCAACAGCUGCUAGGUAAAAAGAUGUUAAAAUGUGGGCUGUUUGCAGACAUGUUUGUAAAAAUACCUAUGAUUUAAUUAUGUUUUAUUCAGAAAACUAUGUGCUUGGUCUGCUGUUGAUACACAGGGAAAGCAUUGCCUUGUGUUACUUCUCUUUUCUUGAAAAAAUUCAGUAAUUCUUGCUUAACUAGAAUGGUACUGAGCUGUCAAUUCCAGGAAUGCAGAAACCGAUCCCACAAGGAAGGGAGGAGCAAAAGUCUGUUACACCUGCAAGAUGUGGACCUUAACUUUACAUCUCUGCUUGGCUAUCAGAGGAAUCAGUCAUGGGACUGCUGCUGCCAAUCCUUCUUGGCUUUCUUGCCGCUCUGAUUGGAGGGCUGUACGUUCUCGGGGUGUUUCGUCAGCGGCGACCAGGAGAACCCCCUUUGGAUAAGGGGCUGAUACCCUGGCUGGGUCAUGUCUUAGAGUUUCGCAGGAACACGUUCAAGUUCCUACAGAGGAUGAAGCAAAAGCAUGGUGAUGUGUUUACAGUACAGCUGGGAGGGUUUUAUUUUACGUUUCUGCAGGACCCUCUAUCGUUUGGGGCACUUGUUAAGGAGAGUCGAGAAAAACUGGACUUUAUUGAGUUUGCUAAGCAUUUGGUGCACAGAGUGUUUGGUUACUCACCUACAGAAGAUGAUCACGAGAUUCUCCAGAUGUCCAGCAACAAACACCUCAAGGGGGAUGGCCUGGAAGUAAUGGCACAAGCCAUGAUGAAGAACUUGCAGAAUCUGAUGUUGCACAACAUCGGCUCAGCUGCAGACCAAAGAACCUGGAUGGAGGAUGGACUGUUUAUGUACAGCUACAAUAUUGUUUUUAGGGCUGGCUACCUAUCUCUGUAUGGCAAUGAGCCACACAAGUCAGGAGGAAAUGAAGAGAAAGCCAAAGAGAAAGACAGAGCAGAGUCAGACGCCUUAUUUCGUGAGUUUCGUAAAUAUGACCAACUCUUUCCCAACCUGGCUUAUGGGGUCCUGACACCAAGGAAAAGGUGGGAAGCAGAGAGACUAAUGAGAUCCUUCUGGAACACUCUGUCAGUGCAGAAAGUGAGGACCAAGGACAACAUCAGUCGCUGGAUUUGGGACAUACAGCAGACCAAACAGGAGUUGGAUAUGACUGAGUCAAUGAUAACCAGGUACAUGUUUGUACUUCUUUGGGCCUCUCAGGGCAACACAGGGCCUUCUGCAUUCUGGCUGCUCCUCUUCCUCAUGAAACACCCAGAAGCCAUGACAGCAGUGAAGGAAGAGGUAGACAACGUUCUGAAGGAAUUUGGUCAACAAGUCAAAUGUGAUGGUCCUUUAAUUAACCUGACGCGUGCGAUGCUGAUGAAAACACCAAUCCUGGACAGUGCUGUGGAAGAAACCCUCCGACUCACUGCUGCACCCCUCCUCACCAGAGCAGUGCUUCAGGAUAUGACCGUCAAGAUGGCUGAUGGGCGUGAGUACUUCAUUCGCAAGGGUGACAGAAUGGCAGUCUUUCCUUACAAUGCUCACAUUGACCCAGAGAUUCACCCUGACCCACAUUCAUUCAAAUAUGACCGCUUUCUCAAUCCAGAUGGGAGCAAGAAAACUGAUUUUUACAAAGCAGGGAAGAAGAUGAAGUAUUACAGCAUGCCCUGGGGUGCUGGGGUCUCCAUGUGUCCUGGGCGUUUCUUUGCCACCAAUGAGCUGAAACAGUUUGCUUUCCUCAUGCUGGUUUAUUUUGAGUUUGAGCUGAAGAAUCCUGAUGAGAAGAUACCUGAGAUUGACUACAGGCGAUGGGGCUUUGGAUCUAUGCAGCCCGAGAGAGACGUCCAGUUCCGAUACAGACUCAGAUAUUAAACCAAUCAAUCAUUCUGAUAACAUUUUCCCUGAAGUUGAUCAUCUCUGUGAGUGUUCUUUUAAAAGUUAUGUAUGAAACAUGAGAUUAAGCUUAUUUUUAUUUUUCAUACCAAUGAUGUGAUAAGAACAUCAUUAAUGUGGCUUCAGAACUUAACGUUUCUAUAUUUUUGGGUGGAAGUAUAUUGUCAGCAAUAUUCUAAAUAAGGACUACAGAUCGAUUUCCUUUAAGUUUACUAUACACAAAGGCACUGAUAUUUUCCAUAUCUUAGUUUAUAUUAGAUAUAACUCUGUCUCUUCUGUUUGUAAACCAUGAAUUAAUCUUUGUAAAAUAAACAAAUACUAAUGGUUUAAGAAUAUUGUGAUUGUUUCUGUGCACAACUGUUUCCAGUAUGUUAUAUGGUAAAUAAUAUAUCUAAACAUGCUUAAGCUUACAAAUUAGUAUAGGUUUCACAUAUAGAUUGUAUGGUUUAUAUACAUUCCAGCGGGUGGUGCCACAUGUCCAUUCAGGUGGUCUAGAGCAACAGACUUUGGAAAUCUGAUGACCCCUACCAUUGAUGUUCAGAUACUUUUUGUGAAGAUAUUGUUGCUUGUUUUAAUACUUUACAAAAGAUCAUUACAAAAAAGAUGAAGCAGUGAAUUCAGUAUAGUAAAUAUUCCUCUAAAAAGCACUUUAUUUCAUAGUUCUUCUUAAAUCAAUAGAUGUCAUGUUUAGAUUGAAUAAAAAUUAUCUAUUUUGUGUACAUUUAGUUGUGAAUUUUUACACAAAUCUUAGUACGUGAAAGGUUUACUAUAUGGAGAAGAGUUAAAUACAGCUAAGAUGCAGUUAUCUCAUUAAUACCUCAUGUAUUUCUGUAACAUCGUCAUCAUGAUGGUAGCAAUUGUGUAACAUCUGUAUCAGACAGGGCAGGUGUUAUCUUCAGCAGUUUCUGCUUGCGCAUAUAUUUGUUAUCUGUCAGUCAAGUUUUACUAGAGGGUUAAGAUCAGUUUAAUCAUGGACAUCUUACAUUUUGUACCAUAAAACCCUGUAAUUUUAGCUUUUUAAUGUGAGUAUAGGACAAUGGAUCUGUUUGACAUGUUAAAUAAAGUCUUUAUGUGACUGAUAACAUUUUAUGAGGCCAGAGUCUAAGGAUUUUAUGCGAUGGAAUUAAAAGCAAGUAUGCUGUCCAAGGUUAGUCAAGUAGCUAUAAUAAAUAAGUGAGUGCCACAUUUAAUCAACAUAAUGAGCAGUUGUCAGGGUCAGAGUGAGGCAGAGUUCACAAGAGACGCCCAUUUCUUUGUGCUCGUCAGCAAGCAGUUUUGUUCUUUGCUCUGUCUGAAUCACACGUAGAGCUCUGUUUCUUGUCUGUGUGUGUGCAUGUGUGUGUGUGUGUGUGUGUGUGUGUGUGUGUGUGGUGCUGCUUGUCUCUCGCUCUCUGGUUAGACACAUCUGACAAAUAUGUGGAAGCAUGGGAUGCAUAUUCUAUCAUUUAUCAUCAUUAAAAUGUCAUAUUUUUACUGAGCAUUCAAAUUUUUUGUUUUACAAAAGUUUUCUUUCUGCUGGCACUGCCCCCCCUCACAGAUUGCAGGCAUUACCUCCAUUAUUACUCUGACAUCUGUAACAUGCAGUGGGUACUUGUGACAAUUACUUGAAGAUCCAGUAUUUUGGAUUAAGUGGCAUUUAGGAGUAAGUUAUCAGAACACUACAAAUUCACAACAUCUCUCUCUCAGCGGGCAGCUGGGUCAUCUUCUUGACCCCCCCUUCAGCUGGGGUAGGAGAUCAGUAUGGCAAUCUCUGCCAAGGUUUUUUCAAUUCAUAAAGUCUCUUUUCUUUAAAAAGUGGGCUAAUGCUGGCUUUCAACAUAUUUGUGUGGCUGGGAAUCUGCAGUUAGCUGCAGUGUUUCUAUGGUCAAGAGUCCCGCUGGACUGCCUCAUUUGGAGGGUCAGGCCAUUUUGUUCAGCAGAGUCCCAUACAGUUUCUCCUGAAGCCUUUCUUCUUUAAUUGGUUGCUGGAUUCAGUCCUUUUAGCCCAUCAAGUACGCAGCAUAAUAUCUGGGCCCAGCAUCCUCCUAGGAACAGUCAGAAACCAAGAACAAAAAGCAAGAACAGUUCCAAGUCAGGUUACAGGAGAGCAAAUGCGCAUGACUGUGACUUCUGGGCUCUUAGUAGUUCCAAAGGUGUCUCAGGCUUUGGGAGAGUUUUGGGUGGAUACAUCUUACAGGAUGUGGCUGUAUAUGUGAUGGCUCAACAAGCCACAAACAGAACCAGCAUGUAGUCAGGACACAAGAGGCUAGAAUUUUAGUUAAAAAUUGUCUACUUCACAUAUUUGAUGCUUCCAUAUCUAGUUUAUUUCCAUCACCUGCAGAACGAUACCAAACACUUGAUAUUGCUUGAGUGAAACUUGACUUGAGGUAAACAUGGAUUAAACAGUUACACAUAAACACAUGAUGACCUCUGUCAUUAGGGCAAAUACCAAUCAUAUCAAAUCAAGACGUAAGCAUAUGUAUACCUUGUGUACAGCAAAUGAGUGAAAUAAUAAAAUAAAAUACAUAUCAGAUUCCUUAUCAGUUUCGGUAUAACAGGAAUGUCUGUUCUCCCUCUCAGGGUGAGAGGAGGAGGGGUACAGUCUUGUAGUCAGCUCAUGUUUCCCACAAUCUCAUAUUACAGAAAAGAGGAACUUUAUAAGGAUUGUAAACUAGCUGAUUAGCAUUAACUAGCCAUUUAUUAGAAGUCAGAAUUUGUUUGAUUAUAAAACAUAGAGAAGAACACAUUCAAAACAAAGAUGUAAAACAAUUCAAGGAGUAGCCUAGAUAUUUAAACUAGGAGGAUUAGCAAAAAUAACGGUGAAGCAUGAGAACUAGUAUACACACCAACAAUUUAAAUUGUUGCUUUGCAUGAGUAUUUGGAUUGUACAGUAUAUCUU